AAACAAAGGAAACCCAAAUGGGCAAAGAGGCAGCAUUUAAUUCGUAUUUCUGACGCCGUAUGGAAAAGGUGGAACGAUGUGAAAGCGAAAAAUGAAUGCAAAUCUCAUGACGAUUUUGCAAGAAUGCUCUUGGAUUCGUGAAGGAGAAGCGACCAAAUUUAAAAGCGAUGGGACGACCUAAAAAGCCUGAAAGUGAGAAAAAGAAAUCUGUUCGAGCCAGGUAUCUUCGUUUCAAGGCGAGACACAUCAACAUAGGAGAGGAAGUAGAUCGGUGGGCACAGCUAAAAAGCCUUGUGGGGACAGAUAGUGAUAAAGCACUAGCUAAAUUGCUUAUAGACAACUAUUAUGAAAAAUGUGUCACCCCAGCAUUGACACUGGCUUGUGAGACACAAGGAAGAAGUGCUUCUACACCACUUUGGAAAACUGUGCCAUUACUCUCAGUCCCUGGUGUGUCUUCGGUAACAGAGGGGAGUUAUACUUUGUCCUACAUAAAAGAAGAAGGAGAUGUGACUUUUAUGGAGAAGUCAAAAAUUAAAGAAGAAGGUUCUGGGAAUGUUGAUGACAUGGCAUCAACAAGUGCAAAACAUCAUACAGAUCUGAACAACGAUGAUGAUGGUCAGAGUCAGCAUUGUGAUGGUGGCAAGGGGGAAGAUACUGGUUCAAGCAGAGACAUGAUAUCAGAGAAAAAAGCAAUAUGCUUGAAUACCGAACUUUUAAAACUAGCCAAUCUAAGGAUAAAGAAAAUUUGUACGCAGAAGUUUUGUAAUAAAAUUGUGACUGUGACAGCAAGAUAUAUUGGGACUUCUGCUCAACUAAACUGGACGUGUUCCCGUAAUCACCAGAUAUAUACCUGGAACUCUCAGCCAAAUGUGAAUGCUACCCCAGCAGUAGAUUUACUGCUUUGUUCUGUCAUGCCUCCUACAGAAUAUUCUGCUGUACAUGUUACGCUUAGAAAUGUUGGAAUAGAAAUAAUGUCACCGCCACCAUCUAUUGGGGUUGAUGUGGCAGGUUUAAUGAGCAGAAGAACAGAAAAUCCUGUAUCAGUAAGCUUUGGCCAGAGCAUUGGAAGAUCUAAUCAAUAUCAGCAAUACCCAGAUUUUGAGAGAUUACGUGUGAAAGGAGAAUUAGGUUCGGAAGACGCUGUUUAUCUUGACUCCAAUGUUGAAGAGUCUACUACUGAUGACAUGAUGUUUAGUAACACAGAAAUCAAGAUUGAAGUAAAUGAGGAAGAAAGCCAAAUGGACUUAGAAACAGAUUCAGCUACGGAUGAAGAAUACAAUUAUAUUGAUUUUUUCAGCAGUACAAAUAAAGUACUGAAAUUACAAGAAAGUGGAGAUAAGGGCAUAGAGGAUUGUGGAAUAAAAAGUGCAAGAAUUAAGAAAAAAGGUUACAGACCUAAUUAUGCAGCAUUAGAAUGGAAAGAGGAUAGUGAUGUAGAAAAUGAAGGGUCAGGUGGUAUUACACACGAUAGAAAUGAAGAUCAAAGCAUGGUUGAAGAUGAGGAAGAAACAGAAAGAAAAUCAGAUGCAACAGAUGAUCCAGACUUUAACAUAGCUGGUGAAGCUGGAGAUGAAGAUAGUGAAGUUGAUUCAUCAGAAGAUGACACUAUUGACAAUGAUGCUGCUGAAAAUGAUGUAGAAAUUAGUGAUGACACCAUUAGUAAAGAAAAUAAACAUAGAUUAGCAGCAACAUCAAAACAAACAAAUGAAUGUCCAUCUGAAGGUGAGCUGGAGCCAAAAAGAAAGAGAUUAAGAAGACCUAAUAGAAAAAAACAAGAAAAAGCUGAAGUAAAGCAAAAUAAAACAAAAAAGCCAUGGAUAAAGAUACAUUUAGCUGAUCAUGAUGACAAAUAUAAGAUAGAGACAGUAGAGUCCUUUGAGAGGAAAAAUCGCAAAAUUGAUGCAAGUGAAAAUUUGUAUUCUUGUUUAGUCUGUCAACACUUUAAAUGUUCUUCUAAAGAUGCAAUUGAAGACCAUCUUGAAAAACAUGUGAACAAAGCUCUAGAAUGUGAGAAUUGUCAAUAUAUAAGUUAUUGUUGUACAGAUAUACGGGAACACAGACGGAAGUGUAGUCAAACAGUUAAAGCAGUAUUUGUGUGUGACAUUUGUGGCUAUUGUGUUUCUUCGAGUGACAGUAAGAAGAAUCACAUGGGGAAGGUCCAUGACGUUGCAGAGUGGAAGUGCCGAUAUUGUCCAGAUUUAUUUCGAACAAGAAAUGAAAGAUUAGAUCACAUGCGACAUGAGCACCCUGAGUCUUGCCAAUACUGUGAUUCCUGUAGACAAAGUAAAUUCAAAAUGAGUAAAGAAGAAUUUCAGACUCACAUACAGAAUUGUAGUUCAAAAGUUCAGUGUCAGAUAUGUGGGACAUUUGUAGUGUUGAACGGUAUGAACAAACAUAUCCAUGAUAAACACGAGAACGUUAGGAAGUACCAGUGUCAUAAGUGUCCUUAUUCUGCCAAAAGUUCAAAAAGGUUGAAAACACAUCUCCUUAGUCAUGAGAAUAUUCAUCCCCAUGGCUGUGACCAGUGCUCUUUCACUUGUAUUCAGCCAUACCAGCUGAAAUCACAUAUGCGAACACAUACAGGAGAGAAACCGUACAAAUGUACACAGUGUAAAUAUGCCGCAGCUUGGAAUGUUCAGCUCAAGGAACAUGUCAAAGUUCACAGUAUGGAGACAGCUGUGAUGUGUAAUAAAUGUGAUAUUAUAUUCAAAAAUGAAAAAACACUUCAUAUUCACAUAAAGAAGGAACAGUGUCUCUUGUGAAAGUGUUUUCUGGGGACAUUUUGUAACUGCAUAAAGAUAUUAAAAAGACAUCAAAAAAACAUGUAUAAGCAUGGGAAGAUCAUAGUUUCUGAUUAUGUGUAUGGAUUGCAUAUAUAUAUAUGGCGAUAUUUCAAUAAUUAUGCAAUUUAUUUUUAGCUCACCUGUCACAAAGUGACAAGGUGAGCUUUUGUGAGCGUGUGGCGUCCGUCGUCCGUGCGUAAACUUUUGCUUGUGACCACUCUAGAGGUCACAUUUUUCAUGGGAUCUUUAUGAAAGUUGGUCAGAAUGUUCGUCUUGAUGAUAUCUAGGUCAAGUUCGAAACUGGGUCACAUGCGGUCAAAAACUAGGUCAGUAGGUCUAAAAAUAGAAAAACCUUGUGACCUCUCUAGAGGCCAUAUUUUUCAUGAGAUCUCAUGAAAAUUGGUCAGAAUGUUCACCUUGAUGACAUCUAGGUCAAGUUCGAAACUGGGUCACGUGGGGUCAAAAACUAAGUCAGUAGGUCUAAAAAUAGAAAAACCUUGUGAGCUCUCUAGUGGCCAUAUUUCUCAAUGGAUCUGUAUGAAAAUUGGUCAUAAUGUUCUCCUUGAUGAUGUCUAGGUCAGAUUCGAAACUGGGUCACGUGGGGUCAAAAACUAGGUCAGUAGGUCAAAAAUAGAAAAACCUUGUGACCUCUCUAGAGGCCGUAUUUCUCAAUGGAUCUUCAUGAAGAUUGGUCAGAAUGUUCAUCUUGAUGAUAUCUAGGUCAAGUUUGAAACUGGGUCACAUGCGGUCAAAAACUAGGUCAGUAGGUCUAAAAAUAGAAAAACCUUGUGACCUCUCUAUAGGCCAUAUUUUUCAUGAGAUCUUCAUGAAAAUUGGUCAGAAUGUUCACCUUGAUGGUAUCUAGGUCAAGUUUGAAACUGGAUCACGUGGGGUCAAAAACUAGGUCAGUAGGUCUAAAAAUAUAAAAACCUUGUGACCUGUCUUAGAGGCCAUAUUUUUCAAUGGAUCUUCAUGAAAAUUGGUCAGAAUGUUCACCUUGAUGAUAUCUAGGUCAAGUUCGAAAGUGGGUCACGUGGGGUCAAAAACUAUGUCAGUAGGUCAAAAAAUAGAAAAACCUUGUGACCUCUCUAGAGGCCAUAUUUCUCAAUGGAUCUUCAUGAAAAUUGGUCAGAAUGUUCACCUUGAUGAUAUCUAGGUCAAGUUCGAAACUGGGUCACGUGCGGUCAAAAACUAGGUCAGUAGGUCUGAAAAUAGAAAAACUUUGUGACCUCUCUAGAGGCCAUAUUUUUCAUGGGAUCUUUAUGAAAAUUGGUCAGAAUGUUCAACUUGAUGAUAUCUAGGUCGAGUUUGAAACUGGGUCAAGUGCGGUCAAUAACUAGGUCAGUAGAUCUAAAAAUAGAAAAACCUUGUGACCUCUCUAGAGGCCAUAUUUUUCAAGAGAUCUUCAUGAAAAUUGAUCAGAAUGUUCAUCUGGAUGAUAUUUAGGUCAAAUUCGAAACUGGGUCACGUGGGGUCAAAAACUAGGUCAGUAGGUCUAAAAAUAGAAAAACCUUGUGACCUCUCUAGAGGCCAUAUUUCUCAGUGGAUCUUCAUGAAAAUUGGUGAGAGUGUUCAGCUUGAUGAUAUCUAGGUCAAGUUCGAAACUGGGUCAUGUGCGGUCAAAAACUAGGUCAGUAGGUUGAAAAAUAGAAAAACCUUGUGACCUCUCUACAGGCCAUAUUUUUCAUGAGAUCUUCAUGAAAAUUGGUGAGAAUGUUCACCUUGAUGAUAUCUAGGUGAAGUUUAAAAGUGGGUCACGUGCCUUCAAAAACUAGGUCAUUUGGUCAAAUAAUGGAAAAACCUUGACUGUGACCUCUAGAGGUCAUAUUUUUCAAUGGAUCUUCAUGAAAAUUGGUCAGAAUUUUUUAUCUUGAUGAUAUCUAGGUCACAUGUGCUCAAAAACUAGGUCACUAUGUCAAAGAAUAGAAAUAACGACGUCAUACUCAGUUUAACACUGGGUCAUGUGGGGAUAGGUGAGCGAUUCAGGACCAUCAUGGUCCUCUUGUUGUAAUGAUUUCAUAAAACAUUUCAAAUAAGUCUAGGUACUUGGGAAUUAAUUUUUAUACACAAUUGGUGGGCCACAUACUCUGAAGUUGUCUGCUGUUGAACCUAGCAAAAUUUGGUGACCAUGUGGACAUGAUUAUUUACAGCCUAGUUUCGUAACCAGCUGAAUUGCUUCAGAGACUCUGGAAUUGUGGCCAUUGAAUUACUUAAAAUUGUGAAAAUUGACAGUGUCCGCUCGCCAGCUUGAGUAGAACUUAUCCAGUGUUCACCAAACUUGUUCAUAUGUAUAUAUAUAUUGGUAGGAUCUCUCUGGCAAGCUUGAUAACCAACUGGACUCUUUGAGUCUCUCUGGAGUUAUACCUUUGAAUUACUCAAAAUUGUGAAAAUUGACAGUGUCUGCACUCCAACUUAAUAGAACUUACCCGAUGUUCUCCACAAUUGGUCAUAAUAUAUGAGCCGCGCCAUGAGAAAACCAACAUAGUGGGUAUGCGACCAGCAAGGAUCCAGACCAGCCUGCGCAUCCGCGCAGUCUGGUCAGGAUCCAUGCUGUUCGCUAACGGUUUCUCUAAUUGUAAUAGGCUUUGAAAGCGAACAGCAUGGAUCCUGACCAGACUGCUCGGAUGCGCAGGCUGGUCAGGAUCCUUGCUGGUCGCAUACCCACUAUGUUGGUUUUCCCAUGGCACGGCUCAUAUAUAUUGAUAUGACAUCUCUGGCAAGUUUGAUAACCAACUCAAUCCUUUGAGACUUUUGAGUUAUAACCUUUGAAUUACUCAAAGUUUUGAAAUUGACAGUCUGCUCACAAACUUGAGCAAUGUACUCCUGUUGUUUUCUACAUUAUGCACAUUUUUAUAGCUCUUGUGACAUAACUUUUUGAUCAACCCUCAAAGCUGCUGUUCAUUAUGUAGAUAUAAAACUUCAAAAGAUCA